AUAACUGGCUUAAUGAUCUUACAUGUAAAAUAUAGAAGGAAGAGCCACUUAAUUAUAUUCCGAAUGAGAAGCAUCGAAGUAAUCAUAAGACACGGAGAAAGAGGAAGAUUAAUAGGAGAGAGAAGACUAUCAGGCGCUCACUAGAUUUUGAAAAUAAUCAAAUGCUUGAGCUCAGAGGUCCUGUUUCAAAGUUUAAGAGUAAAUUAUAUUCAAACAGAUCAUCAUGCAACCAAACGAAUGUAUUCCGUACCAAAAUGAUUGCAUUAGCUUAUAACCAGAAAAAGGCAAAAAACGGCAGCCUUAAGAGACACAGAAGAAAAUUAUCUAUUGCAGUGGAUGAACCUAAGCCAGAAUCAAAUGAGUUUAUUCUUCCUAAGGAGAUAACUCACCAAGAUUCACUAGGUCUUGUGAUGCCAGAUAAAGGAGGUAAAACAACCUCUGCCAGGAUCAAUCUGAUAGUAAGCAGGAAAGAAAAGAGAAAAUCAAUACUUUCAAAUAAAAAUAGUUCAAGAAAAAUACAGAGAAAUCAGCUCAAAAGGGAGAUUUCAGAGAGAAAUAAAACUCAGAUGAAGAAUAAGCUCAAGAGCAUGCAUUACAGGAAAGGGAGUAUGACUUUAAAACAUAAUAAAUCUGAGUCAAAAGACGAUUCUAAAAAUUUUGGGGAUCAUUCGAAAUCUGUUUCUUUAAACCCUAAAACUUAUACCCAUGAGAAAUCAAGACUAGGAAAUAAACUAAAGGUGAACUUGAAGGCAAAGCUGAUAUCCUCUAACUACGUCUGAAGAGUGUCCUCAACUCAGAACAGAAGAGAAGGGAAGAGACUUUUUAAGAAUAGAAGCAAGGCCAAUGUCAAAGCUCCUACUGAAAAUUCCUCAGAGGCUGAUAUAAACACUAAGGAUUUGUACAGUCAGAUUCCAGACUCAGAGAUCAUCCUUGAGGAUAAGCCUGACACCAAGCUAAACAUUAUGAAGAAGAUAUUUAGUAAAAAUUAUAAUGGAGAGAAGAAUCCGAAAAUGAGUAUUAAGAAGUUGAUAAGGAAUUACAAGAAGCAAAAGUCAGAAUCAGUCAGAGACUCUGGAAUUGAGGAUAAGCAUAACUACAGCUAUAAUGAUAUAUUGGCUAGGAACUAUAAGCCCAGAGCUGCAGGAUUACCGUUGCUUAAGCCAAGGCAGAGGAAGGAAAACCUUAACAUAAUGAAGAAGUAUUUCAAGUAAUUGAAA